AGAUAUACCUGACUCCGGUACACCGAGUCUACCUUCACUCGAUUCGCGCGAGUCCUACCAAGCGGACGUGUUUUCUCUCUCUCCCGUGUGUUGUUGUGUGCGCCUGCAGUACACUUUUGUUUAUUGCUGCAGUUUCCGACGUGGCUGUUCGCUGUUUGUUGUUGUUUUGGUUUUUAUUUCGUUUGUUUGUUUGUUUUUCUUUGCCAUCUGACCUCAACUUCUACGUGACAGAUGAUCGUCAAAGGAAUGAAGAGAAAGAGAAGAGAUUGAGGUGACAGGUGCUUUUUAUUUUUAUCUUCGUUUCUUAUUCACGACAAAGUGCUACGUUCUGAUAAAAAAUUAAUAUCAUGAAGUGAGGAAAUAUCAUCAAGAACUCUAGUGCACACAUAAAAAAAAAGGAGUAAUAAUACAUGAUCUCGACGGAAGAACUGAUAUAGAAAAGCGAUAAAUUUUUGCGCGCCCGGAAGAUCGAUUCCGCGAAUGACAACGAGCACCUCUUCUUCUACUCGCGCAUAUUUUACAUUGGCUCGAGAGCAGCGAAACACAUUGUUGUUGAGUGCAUUUACGAGCAGCCGACAGUGAGCUAGACAGCAGCAGCAGUAACAGUGGGAAAAGGACGAUUUUUCAUCUGCUAGAGAAUUUCUCGUCUCUUCUUCUUCUUCUGCCUCUUCUUCCUUGUAAUACUGCAACGAACACGAGGCGUUCGACGCAUCGCUUAUAUAUACACGCAAGAUUUUCACAUCGUCGGCAUCGGCGCGGAUAGACAGAAAAAUAGAGCUCUAUCAUCAUGUCGCUUCGUUGUCAAGCGUCGCUCAUCCUGCUCGUCGCCUGCGCUGGUCGGCUCGUCGUGCCGGCCGUGGUGCUGCCGCGACCCCCGUCCUCGCCCAACUACAUCCCGGAGUCGACGAGCGGCGGCAACGGCAACGGCGGUGGCAGCAGUCAGGAGCAGGAUCGACAGUCGAGCAGCGAUCCUGGCAAGCUGAAUUACAACGAGAAAGCUCUGUACGGCAGCAGCAGCGGCGGCUCCACGAACGUCGAGAAACCAGAUAUCCCGGACUAUAGGUAUCUGGAAAUCGAGCUACGCGACGCCGAGAACGUCGACAGCAUCGAUCUUCACGGCCUCGUCCAGGCAGUGCUCGAUGCCCAUCAGCCUCAAUCGCAGCAGCAGCAGCAGCAACAGACUCUGCCGACCGAGGAGACUACCGAGGACGAGAGCAAUCAGACCCUGCCCCAUCCCAUAGUCGUGCCCCACUCGAUCCUCGGCGUGCGCGACGUCGGACUCGGCCUGCCCGGUGCCCAGCGCCUCUUCGAGCCCGUUGUGAGACAGCAUCAUCAUUUCAGCGUGUACGAAACUGCCGCUUCCUCGGGGCUCGAGGGCUCGACGAAAAAUUUCAACGACGAGAAGCUGUAUUAUCUCAAGAGCGGCAGGCCCAAGGUCUACGUGAACUUCCGCGGCAAGAGCGGCAACUUCCGACAGGAUCUCGGCGAUUCGCGGGUCACCGUGAGAAUCGAGCCUGCAGCCUUUCUGAGAGCCACGCAGUCCUAUCACAUGGAAAAGAAGACGAAAGCGCCGAAGAAGUACGACGCUCGUCUGCACGGCUCGUCCGCGGCAACGGCCACCGAUCAACGAGUAAUCAGCAGCGGCGGCAGUCCCACGAGCACUACCACGUCGACGACGACGGCGUCCACGACGACCUCCUCGACGACGGAGAACGCGAUGACGACGUCGAGCGAGCUGCCGAAGCAGAUACCCGCGCCGCCGAGUCGCGUGCCGUCCCUGCUGCCGAUCGCCCACACGACGCCCGUGCAGAGGUACACGCUGAGAAGAAGCGAUAUCUUGCCCGGAUACGCAUUUCCCGAAUAAACAACAAAAAGAGAAUAAAAAAAAAAUAAACGAGACCCGUCGAAAUUAGGUGUAAUGACAUUGUAUUGCGAGAGAGGCAAAGAUACAAAGAUAAGUGAUAUGUAAGAUAUUUCUACCAUUUGUGUCUUGGUUUAAUUAUUUAUUUAUUUAUUUUAAUUUUUUUUUGUUUUGAUAAAUUAGACUAAGUUAAUUAUGUUAUAGCUCGAAUAAUAAAAAUGUAUAUAGUAAAACGACAGAUUGUAUCUCAAUGUGCUCGUUGUAACGUGGAUAACGAAUCGAUCCUCUAAUUCUCUUUCGAAAAAAUAACACGAUACUUUGUUCGCGAUAAAUUCAUUAAACGUCAUUUUGACUUUUAAUUAAUUUUUGACUCGACGAUUUUAUAUACUUGUAUGCUAAUUGACAUCUCGAGUGUAAAUAGCCUUUAUAAGCGAAACUGCAAUUAUGUAACGAUAAUUGGGGGGAUAAAAUGCUGUUUAUGUAAGAGUAUCAGGAGUAACAGGCGUAUUUCGAAUGCUCAUAUAUUGCGGUGCGAUGCAAAAAUGAAAAAGAAAAAAAAAACUAUGAAUAUUUAUAAAUUUUACAGAUUACUUUGAUUUUGUUAAGUUUAUAAUUACGAUAAAUAUUGUACUGGGGCGUGAAAAGCGUAACUAUCGUAAUGUUUGAGUUAUAUACGGACCAACACUUUUAGCUGUGAUGAACGCAUAGAUUUACAUUAUUAUAUACGAUCUGAAUUCAACUAACCUAAUGAGAAUUUUGCAAAUGAAAACGAGAUUUAUAUAUGAUAUAAUGAAUAAAUAUAUAUUUAUGCAAGUGCUAAUGUUAAUCCCGAAGAUGUAAAAAAAACGAAAUAAACAUAUAUGUUACCGAAGCGAA